AUGACUGUUUCAUUCGAAGAAGUCUCCGACAAUUCCUACCUGAUCGCUGUGAUCUUCUGUGUCUCCUGUAACAUUUUGCUCCUUUACCUUGUCUACACUAAAAGCCCAAAACACGUGGGAACUUACAAGUACCUGAUGACCUUCUUCGCGUUGAAUGGAAUCUUGCACUCUGUCUUUGAUUUUAUUACAAAACCGAUUUUCCUAAUGUUGGAUGGAAAUGAAAAACACGGCAGUAUUCUGGUGUAUUUUGUGUUGAAUAAGAGAUUUCCGUCCAAAUGGUGGGCAGUGCUGGCCUCUGAAAUCUAUGGCUUCUUCUUGGCUGUGAUUUUUGCGGUCCACUUCAUUUUCCGGUAUUGGACAAUUACCAAAAAUGACAAAAUCCGUUUUUUCAACUUUCCAUACUUCAUCUGCUGGAUAAUCGGGAGCUACUAUUUUGGAGUAGAAUACUCCUAUAUUCUCCACGUAGAGUUCUCAGAGAGACCCGACAAAACUGAAUUUAUCCGUCAAAAAAUGUCGGAAGACUUUGGGCACACAAUGGACGAGAUCACCUAUAUGGCCGCCAGAUUUGUGAAAUAUUCCGAAGAAGCGGGGGCGUUAACUAUUGAUUGGCGCCAAGUUGGAUUCUAUUUUGCAGCCACGAAAACUAUGAUUUUGAGCUUUAUUAUAUUGAUUUAUUGCGGAAUUGCUAUCACUAAAACUAUACGGAAGGACCUGAAAAGUUUAAGAUCCAAGGAACGGCUGAGGCUUGAGCUUAAUCUGUUUUUGGCGCUUAUUGUGCAGACAGUAAUCCCCGUUCUCAUGAUCUACUGCCCGUUCCUUCUCAUGUGGAAUUUCCCCGUUUUCCUCGGCAUAGAAACCGCCCGUCUCACCGGAAUGGGCGUGGCCUUGUAUCCGGGAAUCGACCCGUUGGCUAUUAUUUUCAUAGUGGCCAACUACCGAAGAGCACUUCUUAAGCCUUUCAGAAAAGUUUUUUUGGUUCAACCGGCAAGUAGUACCGUCAGAGAUAUCUCUUCGACAAGCCGUGCUUUGGCCCAAGUUGCCGGAAAUCAAGUGGCUCCUGCCGUGGUUAUUAAUUGA